CAGAGCCAACACGACGUUUGACGAGGUUCGGAAAUCAACAUAUUUAAACAGCGACCGGUCUCUCCUCCGAUGCCACAAAUAAAUCCCAUUGAUUCUCUUCUGCCCCUUGCUUGUUGAACGUGUGCUAACAACCACACGUGCAGUCAACAUGUCAGCCGCCGAUUUAGCUGCUCUCUUCCCGCCAGACCAGUAUCCCUACCACUGGAAUGAAGUUCCCAUCGUAGGAAAGAGCCUCGCAUUUCUCAUCGCUAACUAUGUUCUCGAGCCUGUCGUUAUCGCUGUCGUUGCCCUGCGGUUCUACUCCCGUACGACGAUGGGGACAUUGGGCUGGGACGACUGGUUCGUCUUGAUAGCCAAGAUACUUUGCAUAUGCACACUGACCGUGGUCACAUGUCUAAGCGCCAUCGGAUCCGGCUACUACGUCGAACAAGUCGCCAUGAAUCUCUCAACAGUCUACCUGUUGAUCUUCAUCCUUCAAGGCUUCUUCCUCUUUGCCAACAUGACCGUUAAGCUGAGCGUCUGCUUCUUCUACCUGCGCGUCUUUGUCGGCAACGGCAUGCGCGUCGCCACAUACAUUACCAUGGGCCUCGUCGUGGCCUGGGCCGUCGCCCAUUUUAUCGCCGCUAUCUUCAUCUGCAACCCCGUUCAGGGGCAGUGGGAUCUUCGCUUCACGCCGACGGCCCAGUGCGGGGACCAGAUGAAAUUCUUCCAGUCAGGCCUGAGCAUCAAUGUCGUCCUGGACUUUAUCAUCCUCGUCUUGCCGUGGUACACCAUCUGGAAUCUGAACAUGCGCAUGUCCGAUAAACUUGGACUCACGCUCGCCUUCUCCAUCGGAAUCGGCAUGACCGUCGUCGGCAUCAUCCGUGCCAUCUACGACACGACAACCUCCAUGAAAGGCGACAUCACAGCGACCCUACCCACAAACCUCUUCCUCACCGUCAUUGAGCAGCAGCUGGCCAUCAUCACCGUCAGUAUUCCCAUGCUUCGCCCGCUCUGGUGUCGAUAUCGGGCCCGGCUUGGCGGCUAUAGUCUCGAGGAGAGUGAGCAGGUGAACAAGGGGAGUCUGCCCAACGGCACGUUUGGUGGAUCUGGUGCCAAAAGAAGGAGUUUGCCACGGCGCAAAGAUGACAAUGACAUUUUAGAGUCGCACUUUGAGCUUGGGAGUGUCUCGGGCGAGGAGGGACACCUAGAUGCAGUGGACUCGGGGUCGGAGACGAGACUCGAUGGAAAGAGGAGAGGGCGCGCGACAUAGCCGGGCAGAUUUCUUCUAUACAAUUUAUCAAAGCAUCUCAUCUCAGCGUGGGGGUUGAGUAUGA